AUGGCGUCCGUCGCCGCGGAGAAAACGGAGCUGAAGGAGGAAGGGAUGAUUGAGGCGGCGACGCAGCUUGCUCAAGACCCAGAAUCUAAAGUCAAUCCCGACAAGGUGGAGGAAGCGCUCGUGGAGGAGACUCGAGGGGCGGGUGGUGUCGCAUACCAAUUCGACCCCAAUGCGUCACCGCAAGCUAAGGCAGCAGCCGCAGAAUCGCGAUUACCGCCUGGCUUGAAACGGGAUGGCAAGCCCUCUGGAAUGGCCGUGGUCACGGAUAAGAACGAUGGCAAAGCAGAUUACGAUCUUCCCCCACCGCGAUCAGCCACUGCGAUCUUGGCCGACGAGGCCAACGCGGCCAGCGCAAACGGUGGAAAAAUGGAUGAGGAUAUGCGCUGGGCUCGUGAUCGCACGGGAUGGGCCCCCCAGUUCCACACCGAAAAGACGGAGGAGGAGCAGGCGGAAGGAACAUUGCUCGACCACCAGGACUUUUUGGAAGGCCGCAUUCCCGACAAGUUCUUUGGAGAUUGGUACCACAAUGCGGCGAUCAUCGUGUUCGCCUGUUUGAGCUCUUGGGUCAUUGCGGCUCUCGGUGGAGGGUUGGGAUGGGUCCUCUUGGUGAUGGCGGCAUGUGGCACAUACUAUCGCACCUCCAUCCGCCGAGUGCGUCGCAACUUCCGGGAUGACAUCAAUCGAGAAAUGGCAAAGCAGCGUUUGGAGACCGACACCGAGAGUCUGGAGUGGAUCAACAGCUUCCUGGUCAAGUUCUGGCCGAUUUACGCCCCCGUCCUGUGCGAUACCAUCAUCAGCUCCGUCGACCAGGUGCUGAGUACCUCGACCCCGGCCUUUUUGGACAGUCUGCGCCUCAAAACAUUUAUCCUCGGUACCAAACCGCCCCGUUUGGAGCACGUCAAGACCUAUCCCAAGACCGACCCCGACACCGUGAUCAUGGACUGGAAGUUCAGCUUUACCCCAAAUGACACCAUGGAUCUGACGGCCCGCCAGUUGAAGAACAAAAUCAAUCCAAAGGUGGUCCUGGAGGUGCGCCUCGGGAAGGGUAUGGUCAGCAAGGGUCUGGAUGUCAUUGUCGAAGACAUGGCCUGCUCCGGUUUGAUGCGCGUCAAGGUCAAGCUCCAACUACCAUUCCCGCAUAUUGAGCGCGUGGACGUGUGCUUCCUGGAAAAGCCCGAGAUCGAUUACAUCUGUAAACCCUUGGGUGGUGACCACCUCGGUUUCGAUAUCAACUUCAUCCCCGGCCUGGAGACCUUCAUCAAGGAGCAAAUCCACAACAAUUUGCAACCGAUGAUGUACGAUCCCAACGUUUUCCCCAUCGAGAUCGCCAAGAUGCUGGCCGGGAAUCCAGUGGAUCAGGCCAUUGGUGUCGUGGCCGUGACUCUGCACGGUGCCCAUCAGCUGAAGAAUCCCGACAAGUUCUCCGGCACUCCCGACCCGUAUGCGGUCGUCUCAUUGAACAACCGCACCGAGUUAGGCCGGACCAAGACGGUCCAUGACACCGACAGUCCCCGCUGGAACGAGACCAUCUACGUGAUCAUCACUUCCUUCGCCGAUACUCUGACUAUUGUUCCCUACGACUGGAACGAAUACCGCAAAGACAAGGAAUUGGGUACUGCGGCGUUCCCUCUGAGCAAGCUUGAAGAGGAGCCCUCUCACGAGGGAAUCUAUCUGGAGGUGAUGGCGAGCGGUCGUCACCGUGGUACGAUCCAGGCCGAUAUCCGCUUCUUCCCUGUGCUGGAGGGCGGCCAGCUCGAAUCGGGGGAAACUCAGCCGCCUCCCGAGAUGAACACCGGUAUCGCGCGAUUCACUGUUGAGCAAGCAAAGGAUUUGGACGGCAGCAAGAGCUUCGUUGGAAAGCUGAAUCCCUAUGCCGUACUGCUCCUCAAUGGCAAGGAAAUUCACAUCACCAACAAGUUGAAGCGAACCAACAAUCCCAUCUUUCAAAAUGCCUCCAAAGAGUUCCUCGUCACGGAUCGCAAGAAUGCUCGUCUGGGUCUCAUCAUCAAGGACGAUCGCGAUCUCCUGACCGAUCCCAUCAUCGGACGCUACCAAAUCAAGAUGAAUGAUAUGAUGAAGAUGAUGGAACAGGGCAAGGAUUGGUUCCAUUUGCACGGGGUCAAGGAAGGCCGAGCGAAGCUGAAGCUGCAGUGGAAACCCGUUGCGCUCAGCGGCGUUGCUGGUGGUGCUGGCUACAUCGACCCUAUUGGCGUGAUGCGUUUCCACUUCAAGGAAGCGAAGGAUCUGCGCAAUUUGGAGGCCAUGGGCAAGUCUGAUCCCUACGCGCGUGUCAUGCUAUCGGGUAUUCCGCGCGCUCGUACCGUCACGUUCCGCAACAACCUCAACCCGGGCUGGGACGAGGUCGUAUACGUGCCGAUUCGAAGCGCCCGCGAAAAGCUCGUGGUCGAGGUCAUGGAUGAAGAGAAGAUGGGCAAGGACCGCUCUCUUGGUUGGGUCGAGCUCAAGGCUGCUGACUUUGUCCGCGAGGAUGAGAAUGGCGAGUUUGCGAUUGACGAUGAGAAGCAGCUAACCACAGCGGAUCUGCACUCGGACAAGAAAAGCUACAAGGGCCACAUCAACUACACCGUCUCCUUCUACCCUACUAUCCCCGUCUCGAACCCCGAGGAUGAGGCUGAGCAGCAAGAGGAGGAGGAGCCGCAGGGAGAAGAGAAACAGGCUCUUGAACCCAACGGCUCCAGUGCUGCCUCUUUGUCUCGCAAGAGCACCGAGUCUCGGAGACCUGGUCAUGUCAAGACUGCUAGUGUUGACUCCAAGGCAUCGGUGACGCAGUCCAACGGCGCUGCGGCAGAUGGCGCCACCAACCAUGAGUCGAGCACUAGUGGUCGGGCCAGUCUGGAAACCAAUUCCUCGCACCCUCUCACUCGGGACUCAGAUGUUGCCUCUGUGCGAUCGAUCAAGUCGAUUCCCAAGCUCGAGCUGGCCAAGGAGGAUCUCACCAAAUAUGAGUCCGGAUUUGUCGUCUUCAAGUUCCACCACGGUGAAUUGGCCCACAGCAAUGUUCAGCUGGAGGUUUUGAUUGAUGACUAUCUUUUCCCGGCCUACACGUCGCCCAAGAUCCAUUCCAAGACCCUCAAGUCCACCGAUAUUGGCGAGGCUUUUAUCCGGGAGCUUGAAUUUUCCAAGAUGACGCUGCGAUUGGUUCAAAAGUCUGACCAGCAUGAUUCGAGCGAGGAGCACACCGUUGCCAAGCUCACCGGAAACACUCUGACUACCUUGCAGCACAUUCUAUACGAACCCAAGGAGUUGGUGCUUCGGUCCAAUUCCGGCCAAGUCAGCAAGAUCACAGUCAGCGCUCGCUAUAUCCCUGUCCGCAUGACAUUGGACCCCCGAGAGAGCAUCAACAACAUGGGUAAGCUGCAAGUGAAGGUCAACAAGGGUGUGAACCUCCCUAUCGCCGACAGCAACGGCAAAAGUGAUCCAUACUGCCGCUUCUUUAUCGGCGGUGACGACAAGCGCCACAUCUACAAGACCGAGGUGAUCAAGAAGAACUUGAAUCCCGUGUGGAAUGAGUCCUUCGAGGCGGAAGUCAAAACCCGCAUUGAUUCGAAGUUCCGUGUUGAGGUGUGGGACUACGAUCGUGGUGUUGGAGAUGAUCGUCUCGGCGAGUCAUUCAUUGAUCUUGAGCAACUUGAGCCCUUCCAGCCCAAGGAGGUCGUGAUCACUCUCAGUAACCCGUCGAAGGACGCCAAACUGCCCUCAAACGGUCAGCCGAGCACCAUUCACCUCAACCUUCUCUUCAAGCCCGACUACGUGAUGCGUCUCGCCCAGGGAUCCACCACAUUUGUGGGUGGCAUCGGUGGCAAGGUUGGUGGUACGGCGAAGACCAUCGGUGGGGUCCCUCUGAAGGUUGGCGGUGUCGUCGUCGGGGGCGCUGCGCACGGUGCUACGUCAAUUGGAGGCAAGCUCUUCGGACGCUUCACCAAGGACAAGCACUCGGAAGAAGAUACCGAGGUGAUGGUCACCGAUGCCGAGCCAGCGAGUGAGGCUCGUGCUCCAGGGCCUGCCUCCGGCGCGCCCCUCGUUGACGCCACUCAAACCUCUCCCGCCUUGGCCGUCGAGGGCGCAGGCACUCCCCCUACGCCCUCCACGCCGCAGAAGGAGCACAGCCGCAACCGUAGUACGGCGACUUCUGUCUAUGGGGACCGUCUGUCCGUCUUUGGCGGGGGCUCUCGCGGCGAUACUGGCACCGCCCACAUCACCGUUAUGUCCGCCUCGGGCUUCCCCUCGUCCGCCAACUUGCGCGUCAGUGUGCGUGUGCAAGGGAGCAAGGGGGCUAAGGAGGUCCACAAGACCAAGGCGCACAAGGCUGGCAACGACGCCGUUCAGUACGACGAGACCUUCAAGGUUGCAAAGGUCACCGCUGGCACCCAAUACUCCAUCCGCGUCGUCGAUCAUGCCACCUUUGGCUCCGACGAUGUUCUCGGCGAAGGAUUCUUCCUUGUCGCUGAUCAGGGAUCCGAGGCGGGUCAGGAUAAGGCUGUCAUUGUGGGUUCGGGGACUGUGGUCAUUCGGUCCAGCUUCGACUCGCCCGAUGCUGCGGGAUUGCGGCCUGGAACGUCCCACUCCACAACUGGGGAUGAAGAAGCGAGCAGCCCUGCUGGCCGGAUGCCUCGCCGUAGCUUCCUUAGCAAGAGGAGCGUGAGUGGGGCGUAA